GUCAGAAGAAGGUGAGAUGUAGUUUUAGAGGACUUGCUCGGGGUAAAGCCGGAACUAAUCUGUCGAGGGCAGAACUCCGUCGUGCCAUGAACAUUGAAACGAACCAGCAAUCCACAACCGCGGACCUCAACCUCAUCCAAACCUGGGUCGAUAAUUGUACUCAAAAUCAUCACAGGUGUAUCAACCUAUCGGCAGAAUUGUGGUAUCCGACCCGAUUACUGCACCUGGCCUCCGAUGGCCAGGUUAAGCUGGUCAUAACCAAAAGCACAUGCCCCAAGGGUCCGUAUGUGACACUCAGUCAUCGAUGGCAACAAAAUGCACAUCGAUUUACUAUGCUACUGUCCUCGACCAUCCAGCAAAUGCAGCAAGGAAUUAACGUCCGGCGCUUGCCUCGGACGUUCCAGGACGCGAUCCUGUUAACCCGUCGCCUGGGUGUGGAGUAUCUAUGGAUUGAUUCUCUAUGCAUCAUUCAAGAUCCUGGGGAUCAGUCGGACUGGAACCGAGAGUCCAUACUCAUGGAGAAAGUGUACUCGCACGCAUUCGUGAAUAUUUCCGCGACUUUGGCUGAGAAUGGCACCGAGGGACUCCUUGUUCCUCGCCAGUCGCAUGCCUUUUCCGCUCCGCCUGGAAUUGAAGUAAAUGCUCACGGAAAGAUCGAGACGCAGUACAUCAUUAAUAGCGAUUUUUGGCACGACCAAAUAAGCAAUGCGCCGCUUAACAAGAGAGGCUGGGUAUUCCAAGAACGGUUCCUAGCACGCAGGGUCAUCCAUUUCGGACCGCGACAGAUAGGAUGGGAGUGUCAACAAAUGCAAGCCCUGGAAUCCUUCCCCAGAGGAUUACCCCCUACCUUGACCGUCGGUUCCAGGAGUAAGCCGGCGAUCUAUGAGGCAUUACGAGAACUAUCCCAAGUCGCCUUGGCGAGUCCGCAGGCUACUCAGAACGCGCCGCGUUUUUCAACCGCUGAUCUCCAAUUUGCCGAGUGGUGGAAUAGUACAAUGGAAGACUAUUCACGAUGCAGAUUCACCUUUGUGAAAGAUAAGCUGGUCGCGUUGGCGGGAGUGGCAAAAUAUGUCGCGAGGAAUCGGCCAGCUGAUCGGUAUCUAGCGGGUAUGUGGCAGAGUUGUUUGGCGCAUAGUUUGGCUUGGUUCCGCAUCCACCAGCGCGGACGCGUAUAUUCCAACCGUGACUAUAUUGACUGCCGUGUACCAAGCUGGUCCUGGGCAUCUUUCGAUGGUGAGAUAUGCUUUCCGUCAAUAGUACAGGGGUCUGUGCAUCAAUUCAUGAAGGUUGUCCAGUUGGCUGAGGACCCGCUGCUUGUCGAGCGUUCUUGCAAUGUGGAUUUCGAUACAUCGCACCACAGCUUUAUCAAGAUAGAAGGCUUCCUCUUACCAGUGCACAUUAGUUGGUCAGAAGGAACGAUCGAAAGUCUUGGCAUAGUUGGUCAUGAGCUUCGCUUUAGUGAAAACGAAGGACCAGAGGGUACACAUAUUGACCUAGAACAGGACGAUUGGCUUAGAGAGAUGGCAGACACGGGACAUUUAUACCUGGUGCCUUUAUACGCCUCCACCUAUUCCAUGCAAGCGAUGCUACUAGCACGUGUAGGAGACACGGAUCAUGAUGUCUACCGUCGAGUUGGGGCAAUUGAGAUUGUCAUCGCGGCGGUAUCGACAGACUUGUACCAGGGCAUGAAUGAGGAAAAAGAGAUGGGAGAAGGGGACAUCGAUCAGCCAGAUGUUCCAUUGAUUCUGAAUCAGAAUGCCCUGCGUCUGCUAAAGUUUAUCAUGGAUACCAAUGAAAAUUCCAGCGCGAGGAAGUUUCGUUCUGUGAUUGAGAUUAUUUAACCAGGCAAUCCUAGUGGCAGACCACCCCCUGAACUAUACCUAGGAGAUCAAAUUUUAUUAGCAGAGGAAUAACAGACCAUAGCUUUCAGG